AAGGUACUGGUGUUUUUAGGAAAUUGUAGUGUAUUGGUCUGAAUAAAUAGAUAUUGAGAAAUUGUCAAUAGGAGGCAGUAAUGCAACGACUUGGAUGCCAACUGCCGUUAAACUCUAAAGAAGAAGAAGAAGAACACUUUAAACUAGAUACAAGCUUGAACUUGAACAGCGCCACCAUCCAAUGUAAUCCCCGUGUGCACGUUCUUUUAUCAACCACAUUUGCGCGUGGCCGAGAUGAGCGACAGGUAGUUGGUGUUUUCCAUAGUUGGCUGGUAUUCAAUAGGAGACAUGGAUGAUAAAGCGCAUUUCAAAACAAACCCAAUUUUCAAUAGGCUCAAUCCGGCCAAACAUUUUACACCUCUGUCCAUUUAUUCAAGGAUGAUCACUUGUGAGGAAAAGGCCAGUCUUGAUCACCAGACAAAACUCUCAAACCCGUUUAUUAAUUUUAAAAUUGAGUUGGUAAACAAUAGUGCUGGAAAAAAAAAAUUGGAGGAUGACAGUUAUCAGACUCCAGCAAAAAAGGCCUGUAGUCCAAAGGAUGUGUCCCCAGACCUCGGGUGUUUCAUGGACUACAGCAGCUCUCCUGCAACACAGGACUCAAUGUCCCCCUUUGCCAUCUCUACGCCUGAAUUGUUCGAUAAGACGCAAGAUAUUAAGAGUGAAAUAAAAGAAAGUGUGAGAUCUCUGCUACGCUCAGAGCAAGUUGAAUGCUGUUCCUCAACACAGCCAGUGGGUAGUAAGGGGACUGCACCCCACAGUUUGAGGUGUGAGAAAGAUCUUGCACCUGCCUUUGACUGUGAUGUUGAGGACAUCUUGUGCCUCAAUCCCUUAGGCACUGCUGUAGGAUUUUCUCAAAAUAAGCCAGUCUUAACUGUGGCAAAUGGACAAGAGUUAAAAAGAGGAGAUGGACAAGUGGAGGAAGGACGAGAGGAGCUUAAGAAAGAAAUGCAUCUGAAUGUAAAUUAUGUAGAAGAGGAUAAGGGUUAUUUCUCCAUGUCCUACAUAAAGGACCUUAAAAUGGGAAAGAACCCCUCUCAGUCAGUAUACUCUCAGGUGCCUCCAGCUACCUCAAGUUCCCUGCUAAGGUUAGGUGAGGUUGAGACUCCAGAGAAGGAGUACCUGUGUGUUAGAUCCAAGAAGGGGGACCAUCCUGAAUGUUCAUCUGAGCCAGGUUGUCAUAAACAAGCUGUGCGGUCUGGACAGGAAGUUUCCUUCACAGUUAGGGAUUUGUGUCCUAUUGUAAGUGGGCCAUUGUUGAAGUCUGAUAACUGUCCUGUAGAGCCUUUAGAAGGUGAUGUUGAUGAGGCAUGGAAUAUUGGUUCCCCCAUAUUUGAAUCCUCCAUGUUUCAAGCUACACCUGGCAGAGCGGAAACCACUCUGGACACUUCUUAUGAGACCACAUUACCCCUCCAAGUUCAGGUGAAAUCAGUUGUGGUGGCUCUUGGGCAGCACACCUCCAGCAGUAAAACGGCAGCAACUUCUCUGCCAGAGCAAACCGCUAACCCCACCAAGCUGAACCAAGAUGAGAACAGAGGUUCCUCGUCUGCCAAAUAUGUCAGUGCCAGGAGUCAAAGGCCGGUGAUCUUUGACCGGGAGGUGGACUGGGAGCGUGAGAAACGGCUCUAUGUUCAUUCCGUGACCAGACAUAUGAAAGAGCAUCGAGGUGCCAAUCCAGAUGUCAUGACUGAGCUGCUGUCACUGAUGACGCAUGUGGCCGACCAGGCUUCAGGCACAGGUGGUCGACAGUGGCAACAUCCCUCUGAUCUGACACGCAGGAACUACCAGAGGCGUCUUGGAAUCCCAAUCCCUACAAUGACCCUCCAAGAGUGGCAAGCAAGGAAUUGCCCAAAAAGCAGGCGUUUUGCCAUGGUACCAAAAAUUUUUGAAAGGAGCCUAAAUUAGGCUAAUGUUUUAUGGCACUUCAUAUUAAUGUUUGUAGUUAUUUCCUAGUUAAAUGUGUUUAUUUUUGUGCUGCUCUGUAUUUUUGUUUGAUUUAUGCAUGUUUUGAUGUUUGAUAAAUUAUGUUAAGGAGCAAGCAUGUUUUAAUGUGUAUUUAUGCAUUUUUUUUGUACUGCUGUUUGAAAUGUUGUGAGUGUAUUCUCUAUUUGUGUUGUUUUUGUGCCCCACACAUUGGCACGGUGUUAGCAGGAAGCGAUUGUUUAAGGUUAGUUCACCCACAUCAUUUAACAUUUUUCCUCUUUGACGUGUAUUUGAGAGGUCUGUGGUGGAUAUUUAAAAACAUGACCACUAGGAGUUACACAGUAAAAUGUUAGCAGUGAUUUGUGUGAACUGACUUUUAAAUUGUAAAGCAGCAGUGACCAGUGUACUCUCAGCUGCUUAAGAGGAUGCUCUGCACUGUGGUCUCAUUAAACCCUGUAACAUUGUAAGAAAAGUUUAAGUGCCUCAGGUGCCGAGUGGAGAACUCUGGCCCUAAAGUCAGAGCAGGGCUGUGUUUGUGCAGGGGUAAGAUGGUGUUCUUGAUGAGGUACUCGUCUAUUAUAAUAAAGACUGUUCAUCUGCCACUACAAUUAUCAUCGCUUGUAUGUUGUAACGUUUGAAUAAUGCUGCAUCUUUGUCAGCUUUAAUAGAGGGUUGACUUCACACCAUCGGAGUGCUGUGUACAGGCUGACAGAAGCGACCUAGUGGAGCCCAAAUACAGUGAACUAAUCAGCAUGGCUCCCAUUCGUUAAUAAUGCAAGCUGUUAAAGUACUCGUGCCUGUACAGAUAGUGGGGCAACCUGUCCCUGGCCAGCCAUCCAGAAGGCAGAUGUGUGUGGGUGUCAGUAAAGGCCUUGUGACAUGUGCUGUGCAGACUGCGGGGCAUGUGUGCAUGAGAGGAGCCGCAGCACCUCUCUAUACCUUUUCCAACUAUGCUUUGCCCCUCCAGAGUCAUGAGCAGGAUCUCGGCAAUGAAGAAACUGUUUCUGUUUAUCUGACAUACUUUACAGUUCUCUGGCUGUGUUGGGUUUUGUCAUAACAAAAAGACUAAGAUAGAAGUCAUGCCAACUGCCUUUAUUUGACCCAACAAUUGCUCUUGUAUUGAUAAAUGGAUACCAUAUGCACCUAAUCUAAUUUGGGACUUGGCCAAGAUCCAAGUGAUUUGUUGUGUUGUGCUAUUUAAGUCUCAUUGAUUUCAAAGUCAUUACAAAUUCAGGCACGUUUUCAUACACAAGCUGCUGACUCAACAGUAAAAGUUGCCUGAAACCAUAUUGUUCGGUGAAUUUUUCAGAAGGAUUAAUGUCUUCAAAACUCAAACAUUCCUCCCCAGUAAUUUAAGAUGACAAAUUGUCGGUCGAUGUGCUUUUCUGAUGGAGGAAACUGACCGUUGAAGCCAGAGCUUCGCUGCCUUGGUUCUGUAAAAGUUUUCUUUAGAAAUAAAUUCACUAACCUGACCUUUUUGUUUUCGUACAGAGAUGUUUAGACAAUCUCAUUUUUAGUUGUCUUCUUAAUGUCCUUGUUCACAAUUAAGAUCACACACUUUGGUUGAAAAUAUUAGAUAUUUUUCAUUUUAUUGAAGCAUACACCAUAUUCUUCAUAACUGAAGUUGUGUAACCUUGUGCAUAAUAGUUCAACCAUGCUAUCCCUCGUUAAGCAGUGACUCCUGUACACUUCAUUCAAUGGAUAUAAACAUGAUAGCGCUAAUAAAGCAGUUCAUUUUCUAAACCAUG